GACCCCCUGAGCAAUCCGGCGUCUUGCCGCGCGGCGGGCUCGUUCUCCGACCCGCCGACGUACAAUGGCUUCCGCGAGUCUGCCCCGCGCGCGCCCUGCCCCCCCGCCCUCUCCAUCUCACUCUCCUCGCCCCGCCCCGGCUCGUCCGAGGACGCGCGCGCGCGCGCGCUCGCUCGCUUGGCGUGGAACGAUGCGGCGCGGCAAGUGGUUGGGGUAAUUUCUCGCCCGCGCCACGGGGUAAUCUUCGUGGGAAGUGAGCGGUUCGGGGGCAGCGGCGUGCUGCUUCUCCAGGCGGUCGCUGCGUCGUCCGUCGUUCGCUGGCGCGGCGCGUCGGUCCGGCACACCCCGCUCGCCACCGCCGCCACCGCCGCCGCUGCAAUGGUUUACCAACCUGACGUAUCGAUGGACGUAGAACUUGGCGACGUCGAAGCGUUUACUUGGAUACUUGGUAGUGAAGUUUAUUUAGAUACGAAUGUGUCGUUCAAGAAUCACUGGAUAAAGGACGACUUCGUAGUAGAGAAAAUUACAGAAUCUUCAUUUUUAACUAAUGAAAAUGCUUUUUCUCGCUUUAAA